AUGUCCCGUACCGAGUGGCUGGCGUACUUUCAAAUUGUGUUAAUAUUCAGCACUCUGCCGCUCAUGGAUGCUCUUCCUCUUAAGGAAGUUUUGAAGCUCCGCGCUUUAGAGGCUCUCUCCAAGGCUGGCUUCCUGGUCAAAGUGGUCUCCUUAACGGGCGAGAGUCUGGGCGAGACAUUGAUCAACGUGAGCAAUGUGCCUAAAGGCAUUGGCAUGAUAAUCAGUGCCCUGUUUUCUGGUGGCGCCAGGGAACAAAAGCCCCCAGGUGCUGAUCCAAAUUGUGAAAAAGGCGGACUAGCGUGCAAGAUUAAGUCUGUUCUUGGCCUGAAAUGAUUAAAGUAAAUUGGAGAAUUUGGCAUUCAAUGUAUUUUGAGAAUACAAAGAACAUAUGAAAAAUAA